AUGUUGGCGCUCAAAACCAUGAAGCUGCCACUAUCAACGAGCGAGCACGCGACUCACCCUCAACUUCCAUCCGAAGUCCUGGACGGGAUCGCAGGCAUUCUCUGCGAGGGCAGCUACCGCCAGCCUGACUCACUGUUUGCCUUUUCCCUGGUCUCCAAACAUUUCAGAAAGUCGACACUGCCAUACCUGUUCGGCACUGUCUCGCACGUUAUCCGCGAUCAACUGCGUCAUGGCGAGCACGGACUGCUCCGUCGCCUCGCUACAAGACCGGGCCUCGUCGAGUAUGCCCACACCUUGCACGUGCUCGCACCGCCACCAGAGAUCCAGUAUGAUCUCCUGCUGCAUCACUCUGUAGCUGCGGAAGAUAUCCGCCACGAGUACCAAGCCUACGACUUCCAGCUGUUACGCGAGAGCUUGCCGCUGAUGCAUCGACUCCGUCGCAUUAGAUUAGACUGUUCUCCUGAAUGCGCCGAACGGAUUCUCGAGAUGCUGCCCGAGGGCAAACAGUACGAGGUCAUUCUCGACCGUUUGUGCACAUCAUGGCCCUGGCCGGAUCUGAUGCAAGCCACCACCGAGGUUUGUUCGACUGCUCAUCACCAUCGUCUUGGACUGGGAGCGUUCGGUGCGCCCCCGUUCAGGUAUCCCGGGCCGACUCAGGCGACCUUUGACAUCAUCUCAGAUGCCGCAGCGCUGAAACUACACAUUGCAUGGCUGUUGAGGGACGGGACCGCUCAGGAAGAGGACGCCGAAGACGCCUCUGCGAGACCGCAAUUCAAAAGGCCACUCUCCUGCACCGAGUUGGGACUCGUCGUCGAGCGUGCAAGCGGAACUCCGCGCCAUUCGCUGUCCGACCUGGACAUGUCGCUAAUCCCAUGGACAAACCUCCAGCGACUCUCUAUCGACUGGCGAUACAGCGUACCCAUGGGCGACUUUCUACAUUCGAACCUUCACCAACUCCUCAAUCUUCGUGCUCUGCACCUACGCGCGUACCAGCAGCGGAGGUAUCACCCGGCGUGUCCGUACGAAGCGCCUCCCGGCAGGAUAUUCGACGACCCCCCGGAUGCCUACCUCUUGACAAUAGAUUAUGACAAGGUCCCCCGCCUCGAAGAGCUGGCAAUCGACGGAAUAUGCAAUCACAUCGCCAUUUCUCAGCUGGUAGGGCCCAGCCUGCGGUGCCUCCGCCUACACCGCGAGGACACCUUGUUUUCCGUGCACAGCGUCGAGAGCCAACGAUGCCACCGGGACAUUCUGCUCGCCGCCCAGCUCUGCCCGGACCUCGAACACCUGGAGCUCGACGUCGGUUACAUCGAGAACCUGUGGCAGUCGGUCGCGGUGCCGGGCGUGGACGUCGAUGUCGGACAGUAUGCCUUUCUCAAUGCAAUCUCCAAGUUCCGCCGUCUCAAGUUUCUCCGCCUGUUCCCGCCCUUUGUGGCCCGAGGCUCUCCGCACGACCGGCGAAGCCUGUGCCAUCGCCUUCCCGUGGCCGACUACCAAGCGGUGAGGAUCUUCGAGCACUUGCGCAACGAAUGCCCCUCGCUGCAACUCCUUUCCAUCGCGGCCAUCCCGUCGUUCAUCAACGUCGACACCAUGUUCUGGGAAGUCAGAAAGCAGGGAGACACGACCAUUCUCACAACAGGGCACAAGAUGCGGAAUUACCAACACCGGCAGACGUGGAUUGGGCUGCGGCGCAUUCGCAGCGAAAUCAGGCGCUUCGAGGAGCCCCCGGCAUAUUUGCCAGAAUCCGAGGAUUGGUGGUUGGGCCGCAUGGAUCGGCUUAUGAUAUAG